AUGUCAGCCCCUUUGGUGUCAUCCCCAAGAAUCACCAGCCUCGCAAGUGGCGCCUUAUCCGAGAUCUGUCCUCGCCGGCUGGUCACAGUGUCAUCCGAUGCGUCAGGUUCCUGCGGUUUUGGGGCCCUAUGGCGCACGCAGUGGUUUUGCAGCUCUUGGGUUUUUUUUUUCUCUCUACGCGCAUGUCCAUUGCCUUCCUGGAGUUGGUUCCCAUCGUCGUCGCGGGGCCAUGCGUGGUCUCGCCUUCGCUUUCAGUUUUUGUGCGACAAUAUGGCGAUUGUUAAUGUCCUCAAUUCUGGCACGUCCAAGUCGCACGACAUCAUGCAUUUGUUGCGCUUAUUCACGCUUGAAGCCUGCCGCCAUAAUUUUGUUUUCUUGGCUGCCCACACCCCUGCCAGGGAUAAUUCUGCCGCUGAUGCCUUGUCUCGUUUGCGCCUACAGGAGUUUCGUCGUGUGGCCCCUCGUUCCGAUCUACUCCCCCUUCCAAUCCCACCGUCGCUGUUGUCGCGCCUGGUCCCGCCUGCUUGAUCAACCAGUGUUUUGGUUUCUUGGCCCAAGGUUUGGGUCCAUCCACUCGCCGUGGGCAACGCGCCUAUUUCCAGUUUUGUUCGACUUUUGACCUCCCGUCUUUUCCGUCGUCGGAAUGGCUGUUGAUAUUAUUUGCGACCUGGCUUGCUCAGACUCGGAAUUUAGCUCCGUCUUCUGUCUCGUCGUAUAUUGCUGCUGUCCGUUCUUGGGACAUUGACCUUGGCACACCAGAUCCCACCCGCGGGGCGACCAGAUUGGCCAGAUUGUUACGUGGCAUCCGCCGCUCUCGUUCUUCGCCUGCAUUGACACGUCUUCCUGUUACCAAUCGACUGAUGGAUGUACUCCAGUCGGCGCUCUCCGCUCCGGGGUUUGACCAUGUGAUGUUUUGGGCUGCAUGUUGCACUGCUUUUUUCGGUUUUCUACGUGUUAGCGAGUUUACCUGUCCCGGUGUCUACGGCCCUUCACGUCAUUUGUCUUUAAGCGACAUUCACUGGGAUGCUGGGGGACACUAUCGCCUGUUUUUAAAAACGUCCAAAACGGAUCCUUUUCACCAGGGAUGCACGAUCUUAAUUGGACCUUCGGGUCACCAGAUUUGUCCCGUUGCUGCGCUGUCUCGGUAUUUGGCCAUCCGCGGUUCGUUCCCUGGUCCUUUGUUUUUGUGCGUCACUGGUGCGCCUCUGGCCCCGUCUGUGGUUAAGGCUUGGCUCCGCUUCAUUCUCAAGGCUGCAGGUGUUCCUGGGAAUUAUUCUAGCCACAGUCUUCGUAUUGGUGCGGCUACUUCGGCCGCUUUGGCGGGUGUUCCGGACCAUGUUAUCAAGAUUUUGGGUCGUUGGUCCAGUGAUUGCUCCUUGCGCAAUAUUCGGACACCUCCCCACAUCAUUCUCCAAACUGCUCGUCACAUUGAAACUUGUUUGGGGUUGGGGAACGCCUUUGGGGUGGGUUCGUGUCCUCGAAUCCCCUUCUCCAGCUGCGCUGGAGGGUGCUCCAGCUGCGCUGGAGGGUGCUCCAGCUGCGCUGGAGGGUGCUCCAACUGCGCUGGAGGGUGCUCCAGCUGCGCUGGAGGGUGGCGUUGGAGAGGCUAAUUCUCGGCAUCAUUGA